UGCGUUUUCGCAGCAUGGUCCGAGAUUUGCCGGUUAGGUAAAGAAGGGCUUUCGUUGCGGGAUGGCAAGCCUACUGUGAGAUGCCCAUCUUUUCACGAAAGAUGAAAAGCUUAGAAUAGCGACAAGUGAAGCCUAGACCGAGCUCAGAUGAAGCCAUCCACUUCGUAAAAGCGUCGGACGACUGAAAUUACUGGAGCGUUUCUGAGCGAAUGAGAACGAUCAAGACAGACGACCCCACUUUCGACGAAUAGAAAUACAUGUAAAGUCAAUAAUUGGUCCAUAGAGAAUCGUUGCUACAAUCAUUGCGAACAGAUGCCAUUACGAGUGCACAGGUGGAAAAAUCAGUUUCCCAGCGACGCAAGAGACCUAAAUCUACUCCACCAUAGCUUCUUCACACUCGCGAUAGAAAGAAGAUACGGAAGUGGUAGAAAGCCACCCGCAGCACAUGGGCCGGCAUGUGUAACUUUCGACUUAUUCUGAGAGCGAAAGAUGUCAAAUUUGCUGCGAAAAAGCUGCUGCUGCUGAGUGAGCGAUGUUUCGUUGAACACUGACAGGAUUAUUCAUUCUCUCGGAUACCGAAGCGCCAGAUCUUACUUCGCAGGGUAAACUCUAUCCGAAUCGUUUGUAGUACUUCACCAGUCCAGUGGGAAAUGCUCAGGUUGCACACGCUAUGUUCCAGGAGACACCGAAAGCGAUGUGCAAAAGCGGAGACAGUCCACCACACCGAGAGAGAUGGCUGAUUGCCAGACAAGGGACAACUGUGGCCAUGUACACGUCGGGCAAAGGCACAUCAGGUGAGCUUUUGCAUGUCUGCGACGACCGACUCGCGAUGCGACUUCGUUUAGCUGAACAUUUUACCCGGGAGUGAAAAACAGAAGUGCGCGAUUUUUUGAAGAGAUUUCCCGGUUGUCAUCUCCGUGGUCACGCCGACGGACGCGAGAGGAGAAAUCGGCUCGAGUCGGCACGUCCUGGAAUCCGGAUCUCACUCGUGCCUCUGGUGUCGACACGAGCAGAGGUUGCCAAGGAGCCUCGGUCAAGACCAGCGGGCCGCACGACGGACCUCGGUUCGCUCGAUGCAUUUGCAGAAGAAUACAAGGCGCCCCGGAUCGAACAGGCGAUCAGCACUGAAAGCCCUGGAGCUCUGCUGCUGCUGCUGCAACCAUUAUGGUCGCGGACCCUCCAGGUGCUAUGGAUGUGCAUCAGAUCGAACACCGGAUAAAAUCCGUUGCUUCUUUUCUGCCAGCUCCUUCCAGAAGUGGAUAGAUAGAUUCAUGCAAGCGAGGCGGAAAGCGGUCCGCCAUUCCUGCGCUCGAACAGUCGAAAGCAAAAAGUCGCCAACCACGCGGACCCCCAUCGUACUCAUACCACGAGCCCAGCGUGCGCCACUGCCCCCGCCCGAUCCCGAGCUAGCGAGCAGUUCCGCAAAACCGAAAUACUUACCCCCGGCUCACGAACAUUACUCAUUGCCCCUCCGAUUCCGUUGGUCGCCGACGCGGAUCUCUUUUGUCCGCAUCGGACGUGGGCCUAAACCUCGGAGCCUUUCUCCGGCACGGCGUUCACGGGAGCCCCAUCUCAAUGCUCGCCGUCCUGCGCCAGACGAAGGGAAUCUUCCGUCGACGGCGUCGGUCGAGAGGAGCGGACGGAGACGAGUGAUGGAUGGAUGGAUGGAUGGAGCCGUGGGUGAAUGGUCCCGGCCGCAUCCGAUGCACGAGGCGAACAUUUGCGGUCCCUGCGUGAGUCACGAUGCGCCACAAGUUUUCCGGGACGCGCCGUCUCUUAUCUCUCCGGCCGCUGAACGAGUGUUCGAUGUCUGGUCCCAGUUGCACUGCGCUGCAUCUGCUCGGAUGUGGCCUUGUCGGUGUGACGACGUCGGUCGAUCGACGGACACACGUUCAGACAGCAUCCGUCGCCAUUGUUCUCCGUUGAGACUCCUGCACAUCCUCCUCCCUUGAUUACAUUGCAUGUCUCUCAAUCGGACUUACGGAUAUAAACAUUGAUGUAAUACGCAUUCUGAUAAUUUUGCGAGACAACUCUCGACUCCAUCACGGUUGUUACGGUCUCGAAC